UCACAUAAGCUCAGGGUAGGUACCAGCUUUCAAAGCCUUUGAAAUGCCAUUAUAGAGGACGAUAGCUUUAGCAAGCUCUAUUGAACCAGUGAAAGGCUUGGGAAAUGGGAACUAUGCAAAUUACAGAGUAGUAUAAUUUAUUAUUUAUUUUUUAAAUAAUUGAGCUGUUUCACCCCGCUUCUGCUUACUUCGGAUAAAGAGACCAAAAACCUUCUUUCUCAACGUCGAAAUUUCGCAACCAUGGAUACUCUUCUUUUCUCCCCUUCUUCUUCUCCUUCUUCUUCUUCUUCUUCUUCGGUUUAUCCUUCUCUGAAGGCUAACACUUUGAUUCUUCGUCGAAAUGGCUCUCGCUCUUUCUCUGAUUUUCCGAAUGUUUGCUCUUCGUUUCGCACUCUUCAUCUACCAACUGGAUUCCCAAGAAAAUCCGCCAUUCUUGCGGUAAAGAAAACCAACGCUAAGACUCACAAGGACGACGGUCACCGCUCCCUACCCAAGCCUGACGAGUCUACCGGCUUCUUCCCUGAAGCUGUUCUGCUUAAGGAGAAAAAGGUUGCAGAAGAUGGUCAAUUUCUUCCCGAAUUUGCUGAUGCGGAAGAAGAAAAGCUUUAUGAAUAUUUGAACCUUCAGUUGGAAAGUGAAUCGAAAGUAGAACAAAUGCGUCACUAUGAGGUAGUCUUUCUAAUUCAUGAGAAGAAUGCAGAAGAGGUUGAGAGUGUAACUGGGAAAGUUCAAGGUUUUCUAAGGGAGAAGAAAGGGAAGAUAUGGAGACUGAGUGACUGGGGAAUGAGAAGAUUGGCAUACAAGAUAAAGAAAGCCAAAUAUGCACAUUACAUAUUGAUGAAUUUUGAACUGGAGGCCAAAUGGAUUAAUGAAUUUAAGAGCAUGUUAGAUAUGGAUGAAAGAAUAAUUCGACAUCUUGUGAUUAAGAGGGAUGCUGCUAUCACCGAAGAUUGCCCUCCCCCGCCUGAGUUUCACACCCUUCGUGCAGGAGUAGAUGAUGUUGACAGUGAAGAUGAUGACAUGUAUGAUUAUGAUAGUAUGGAUGAAAUGGGUUGGGAUGGCGAGGAUGAGUUGGAUGAUGGUGAUGAUAUUGAAGAUGGGAUUAUCAUUGUUGACAGUGACAAUGAUGACAAGGACGACGACAACCACAGCAAAAGUAAGGCCACCAAAUCAGCUGCUACGAGCAACAGAGGCUCGAGAAAUAGAACUAAAAAAUAAAUGGAUAGCUUUGAUUUUGGCAGUAGAAGUUGAGGUGAGUUUCAUGACAUAUCUGCAUGGGCUUCGAAGUGGGAUGUGAAGGCAUUGAGCUAACUCUACGAAUCUGUGGUGGAAUUUUGCUUCAUUUCAGGUAUUAAGUUACUGAAACUGCCAUUAUUUUCUCUCAAUUAUGUGCCCUUCCACAGUUAAAAGGCUUGGAGGUUUUAGGUCAUGUCAUUGAACUAUAUGUGACCCAAUUUCGAAGUCAUGUUCAUCGCUAGUGUUUUUCCACAGGAAACAAGGUUACUACAUGUCGAUGUCGAACUCAUGUCAAAUUCUAAUGGGAACAUAAGGGAGUGAGUGUAUAUUUUUUGGAUGGGUUUGUAGAGUUAGACUGAUGAUUGAUCUCAUACCAAUUUGAUGAUAUAUGGAUUACACAUUAGCAAUUAUAGUGACCAAAUAUGGGUGUAA